CGCUGACUAUAUCAGCUGUCAAGUUAUUCUAUAAAUCAGUAAACAAGACAUCAUUUUUGAGUAAUUGUUAUUGUUUAUUUUUAUUAUUAUUAAAAUUAAUCUAUUAAAAUAUAAAUAAUAUAAAAUGGUGUACUUACACUUCCCCUCAAAUUUAACUGAGGAAGAAAAAAUGCUACAAGACAAAUACAAUAAAUUAAAACGAAAGAAAAAAGCGCUGCAAGAUUUGAAAACUCCAAAACCAGAGCCAGAGCGAAUGCCCCAGGUACCAAAGCGUCCUACGGAAGCGCGCGAUGCAAGAGAAGUCGCUAAAAAACUGAUAAAGUCCGGGGUGAUAACUGCGCCGAAGACCCCCAAGAGACCUGAGCAGUCUUUUAAGAGACCGAGAGGCCUGGAGCGGAAGUUAAACAGCACUGAGAAGACCAUCUCCUCGUAUCAGCCCUUCUGUCCUACACAACCGGAAGAAGAGGAAGCUGACGCUGCAGCCAGACCCCGGGUCAAGGGUCUCUACGAGUCUUUCGUCAGCGCUAAGAGCGACAGCAGGCCCGUUGACAAGGCUCCUCUGAAGCCGGAGCUUAAACCGCGAGCCGGCAACACCAUCUUCGUCUCCGGUUACAAAAUCUCCGAGGACUACUUGAAGAAACACUUUACCUCUUUUGGAAGCAUCUUGAAUAUUUCGAUGGAGGCCGAGAAGAACCGUGGUUUCAUUACCUUUGACAAACCGGAAGCAGCCGAGCGCGCAAUAAGCGAGAUGGACGGCAGCAUGGUUUCAUCAAUUCAGCUGAAAGUAUCUUUAGCUCGUCGGCAGCCAGUUAUUGAACCAAUAAACGACACUACCUCAAGUGCUGUCUGGUCAUCCAUCGCUGCUAAUUAUUCACAGAAGAGUGCCCACAAAGACGGCAGAGAUAUGAAAGUUUAUGAUGAAGAUUUGUUCCAAUAAUUGUAAUAUAUAUAUUAAAAUUAAUAAUGAUAAUAGAUGUAAAUAAUUGUAAAUAAAUGGAUGUCAAGUGUUCAAUAACUUGGACUUUAUUAAACAUAAGUAUCAACAGAU